CAUCUUUUUCUCAACCUUUCGUGCGUAACCCUUCCGAACCCUGAUUCUCGGCCCCAGCUUCUCUUUCUCUGCAACCACACCUCUUUCCCAACUCCUUCCCACCUCUUCCUCAGACUCUCCUUCCCACUUCCUCAGACUCUCCUCCGUCCUCUUCAGACCGCAACCGUCGUCGAUACUUUUUUUUCACUUUUCGUUCAAACCCCUUCCAGCUCCACACUUCACCACCGCUGUUCUCCCAGUCCCCCACCGCAUCUCCUUCCAUCCCGUCAAUCAAGCGCCGCGCGAGCUCUCGCCGACCUCGUCCUCGAACAUAAUCAUGACCAUCCACGACUCGAUAUCGCCACCGUCAUCCUCAUCGACAAUCGCAUCCUCCUUGUUGAUAAUCUGCCACUCCUCGUCGCCUUCACCGUCACCCUCCUCUUCACCCCCCUCAGCCUUGACAGCCGGCGCCGCCGUCUCGUCGCCCUCCUCGUCGCUGCUCCACUCGAGCACCUCGACCAGCACCUCGACCUCCUCGCCAUCGACGGUAACAGUCCCCGCGGCCACCUUCACCCACGGCUCGCCGCCGUCGUCCAUGUCGGCGACGUGCUCCCACGGCUUGAUCUCGACCUCGAAGCACGGCGGCCAGCACUCGCACUUCCAGAACGGCAGCAGCCGCUCGAGUGCCUCGCACUCGAAUGCGGCCGCGUCGUAUGCCCCCUCGUCUUUAUCGUCCGCCUUGGCUUUGCCCUUGUCCGCCUUGCUGCUCGCCAUGCGCACGCCCUUCUUCUUUUUCUUGAUUUUCUUGUCGCUGUCCACUGUCUUCUUCUCCUCCUGCGCCUCGUCCUGAGUCUUCUGCUUCUUCUCCUUCUUGGGCGGCGUCGGCUUCUUCGCCUUCAUCUCGUACCACGGCCACAUGCGGCCCUCGCGCCCCUGCGCGACAGAGUUCAGCGUGAUGUCUGCCUCGACCUUCUUCGUCUCUACUACUCCAACUUUUCCUCCUCCUGCUGCUGCUGCUGCUACCCCAUCAAAAAUCACGACGUCGCGCGCCGCGCGGCCGGGCGCCUGCGCGUCGCGCCACCGGUCAGACGGCAGCGCGACGCCCGACACGGCCAGCUCCUCGCCCGUGUCCAUCUGCAGGUCGGGCCGCUUGCCGGGCUUGCCGUGGACCGCCGUCUUCUUCGUCUCGUCCGCUCGUGUUGGGGCCAGUUUGCUGUCGGCGCCUCGCGGUAUAGUGAGCCCACCGCCAGCCUUGGGACGCCAGCCGGCCCCGCUCGCGUAGCGGUUCUGCUGCUGCAGCUGCUCGUGGAUGUUGUCCCACUUGCCGCCGCGGAAGGCGCGGCGGUGGGGACGCGCGCGCGCGAACACGGACGCCGACGACUUGUUGCCCUUGUCGCGCAGCUGGAUGCGGCGGUGCAGGCUGCGCGGCUGCGCGGCCAGCUGCUGCGUGAACGAGCACGUCUUCUUAAGCACCCACGGCCGGCAGCAGCGGAACGGCCGCACGUGCGGGUUGUCGGGCAGCGCGCAGAUGUGCUCGGGCCGGUACGCGCGGUAGCCGUUGCGCAGCUGCCGCCGCACGAUGAGCCCGUUCCGCGUGUCGGCUGGGAGUUGCUGCUUCUUCCUCUCGCGGUGCCCCGCCCACGCCGGGCUGCGCGGCGGCAGCGUCAUCUUCCUCGGCGCCGCAUAGGGUGUCGGGGGCCGCCGCGGCUUUCCGCCGGGAAGGGUCGGCGAUUUCAGCAUCUUCAGUGCGCUCAGGGGCAUUUUCGUCGUCGCCGGUGUCGCCGUCGGUGUCGCCGUCGGUGUUCCCUUGGGCGUCUUGGGGCGCUGAUGCUGGCUGGCGGCGUGGUGCGGCGACUUCAGCAUCUUCAUUGUGAUCUGGGACAGCGAGACUUGCGGCAUGUCGGCCGCCGUCGGCGACGCCCGCGGGGUCCUCGGGGGCUGGCCGCCGGCGUGGUGGUGCGGCACCUGGAGCAUCGUCGUGGAGAUGGGAGGGAGCACUCGGGAUUUGUCGGUAGCGCGCAUUUUGGAGUCGAAAGGCCGAACCAGCAGUGAAAAGGGGGCGCGCGAGAACGAAAAUAUCCACGAUUAUUAAGUAUUAGAUAUACAAUUCAAUUGGCAGCGCAAGGGGUGUCCGGCACCCGUUGCCAAGUGGUGGUUGUGUUGCUGCGUGGCUGUGCGUGCGAGAGUGUCUGUCUGUGCAAGCCAAAAUACCAGCUGGGUGACGUUGAUUGCUUUAUACCGAACGAGCCCGGAGGCCGUGUGGAGUUUGCUGCCGGCGAAAACGCGUAAACGAAAUUGUAUGAUGGUCGGACAAUGAGGUGGGUGAUGUGCACAGGCAUGACUGGCCGCCUGUAAGGGCCCCGGUUGAGCUGCCCCGGAGCUGCCAUAGGAUGACGGCAAAGGCGCUGCCUGGUUCGACAGAAUCCGGGCCGCCGCCACUCGGGCCCGGCCUGCGUGGAGCCUGUC